UCCUGUCUUAAGACAGUAAAGAUCCCAUUCAGUUGCUAGGAAACCAGGGCAAAAAACACCGAGGAAAGUUUCCCAGACAGAGGUAUAUGGCAGGGGUCGCGAGAGCCACCAAGGAGCCGCUCGACCCCGUAAGUCAGAACAAGAUCUUCUGUGAAACGGUCCGAAAAGAACUGCGAUGCCAGCGCCUGCACACUGAGUACGGGGUGAACCCCCUCCUAAAGGUUCACACUAUCACCCGAAAGCCAAUGUCGUGGCAUGAUAACUUAGAGGAGCCCGCUGAUGCUAAAUUCCUGAAACUUAUUCAUCAUGCUGCACUUGAACCAACUAAGAAAUAUAAAGAACCACAGACAGAGGGCCAGGAAAUUGGCUGGUUCUCCACACCUUUGAUCAGUACUGACCGGAAUGACAAGAGACUGAACUUCCCUAGUCGAAGCACUGAAAUCACCAGAUAUAUGGCUGCCAUGUGGCGCCUGAAGGAGAUGAUGAAGGACAAGAGAUAAGAUGGACGCAACAUCAUAGGAGUUUGCAGACCCCAGCUACUAAUCUAGGAUUUCUGAUCUGCAUCCUCCCAACUGUCUCAUGCAGAAAAACAAGCACUGUAGGCAACAAAGAUCUCUGCUCUUACAAUACAACACUUCUGCGCUUACAAUAAACCGGUUCCAAAGUAUUACCUGCCACAAUUA